AUGAAGGGAUCCCACUUUUUCCUCUGCCUCUUUUCUGUUAUUUGCUGGUUGAAUUUGAUGCUAGCAAACGGGAGCAAAAUCUUCCACUUUGGACCUUGCAGGAUUUCAAUGAGUGUGAGUGAAAUUAGGUCUGGUUUCACUGCAAUUAAAGCAAAUAUCCAAGCCAGAGACCCCAUCAGGACCGUGAGCAUUUUGUCUCACCUGCACUCUCUGCACCGGGUUAAGUCUUCAGAUAAAUGUUGCAUCAUCGAUCGUCUCUUCAACUUCUACGUGGACAAAGUCUUCAAGCACUGCACGACCGAGGAUUCCUAUGUCAACCGAAAAAUCAGCAGCAUUGCCAACUCCUUCCUCAGCAUCAAGAGGAAACUCACGCACUGUCAUAACCAAAACAUGUGCAAGUGUGGCCAGGAAUCCAUGGAGAAAUUCAACCAAAUACUUACCAACUACGAAGGGCUGAAUGUCACGUCUGCGGCAAUUAAAUCCUUAGGCGAGCUUGAUAUCCUACUAGACUGGAUGGAGAAGUCUCGGUAG